CUUCUUCCUGUAUCAUACAUCACCAAAUGGCGGACGACGCCGGUGGUAGGGGAGGUUUUCGCGGAGGUUUCGGCACUGGCGGCCGGGGUCGUGGCCGUGGACGCGGCAGAGGACGCGGUCGUGGUCGCGGUGCCAGGGGUGGCAAGUCUGAAGACAAGGAAUGGGUGCCAGUGACCAAACUUGGUCGUCUUGUGAAGGACAUGAAAAUCAAAUCCCUUGAGGAGAUCUACCUGUACUCCCUCCCCAUUAAAGAGUCUGAGAUCAUUGACUUCUUCCUGGGGUCUGCUCUGAAGGAUGAGGUUCUGAAGAUCAUGCCUGUGCAGAAGCAGACCAGGGCCGGGCAGCGUACUAGGUUCAAGGCCUUUGUUGCCAUUGGCGACUACAACGGUCAUGUCGGCCUGGGUGUUAAGUGCUCCAAAGAAGUGGCCACUGCCAUUCGUGGAGCCAUCAUCCUGGCUAAGCUGUCCAUCGUCCCUGUGAGGAGAGGUUACUGGGGUAACAAAAUCGGUAAACCCCAUACCGUGCCCUGCAAGGUGACUGGUCGCUGUGGCUCAGUCUUGGUGCGUCUCAUCCCUGCCCCCCGUGGUACCGGUAUCGUGUCUGCUCCCGUCCCCAAGAAGCUGCUCAUGAUGGCUGGUAUCGACGAUUGCUACACCUCCGCAAGGGGCUGCACCGCCACGCUGGGUAACUUCGCCAAGGCGACUUUUGAUGCCAUCUCCAAGACAUACAGCUAUCUGACCCCUGAUCUUUGGAAGGAAACCGUGUUCACAAAGUCUCCUUACCAGGAAUUUACGGAUCACUUGGCCAAGACCCACACCAGAGUUUCUGUGCAGAGAAGCCAGGCGGCUCUUCAAGCAGCCUCCUAAAUUUUGUACAAAGGAUUGAAUAAAGUCCAGAGAAACACCA